UUUGAAAGGAGACCCGUGCUGUCUGUGUGUCGCUGAGGCUCGUUAAUGAAAGUUCUAGCUUGUGCUCCACGCUGCAGCUGCUCUGUCUGAGCAUUUUCUGGACUCAAUGACUGACUGACGCUGACUCUGCGUUUGGCAGGCGACGGCAACGGUGAGCUCCCUCUCUGUCUGAGCUGAAAUGAAGUGCUAAAUGGUACAAGUGAAGGAGUUCCUCAAGCGCGACUAGCAGAAGGCAAGGCGACCCCCCACACAGACAACACCGGGAGAAGCCCCGGCUGCAGCUCCGAGGCGGCUCCGCAGACAGACGGCCAUGGCUAACAUCGCGGUCCAAAGGAUCAAGAGAGAGUUCAAAGAAGUUCUCAAAAGCGAGGAGACAAGUAAAAACCAGAUCAAAGUUGAUCUGGUAGACGAGAACUUCACAGAACUGAGAGGUGAAAUAGCAGGACCACCAGAUACACCUUAUGAAGGUGGCAGAUAUCAGCUUGAAAUAAAAAUCCCAGAAACCUACCCAUUUAACCCCCCAAAGGUGCGCUUCAUCACAAAGAUCUGGCAUCCUAACAUCAGCUCAGUGACCGGAGCAAUAUGUCUGGACAUUUUAAAAGACCAGUGGGCAGCUGCUAUGACCCUGCGGACCGUGCUGUUGUCCCUACAGGCUCUUCUUGCUGCGGCAGAACCAGAUGAUCCACAAGAUGCAGUAGUUGCAAACCAGUACAAGCAGAACCCAGAAAUGUUCAAACAGACAGCAAGGCUGUGGUCACACGUCUACGGCGGCGCUCCGGUAUCCAGUCCGGACUACACGCGAAAAAUAGACAAACUCUGUGCCAUGGGCUUCGAUAAGAAUGCAGUAAUAGCGGCCUUGUCUUCAAAAUCCUGGGACGUGGAAACGGCGACAGAACUUCUCCUCAGCAACUAGGACCCAUCCAGGUGUGAGGAUCCAAAAAAUCAAAAAUAAUAGAAAUAAAAACUCCCAUCAUCAGAGCACCUCAGCUCCUCUGGGCGCCAUGCCAACAUCACAUUUUGCUAAGCAGACACAAACCCUGUCACAUUCAGCACAUCAGGCUGAAGCUUCUUUUAUUAGAGGUUUGCUACAAACGCCAGUAGCAUCACAGUUGCCAAUAUGUUCACCGCUUUGUUGCCUGUCCAUCACAUCAAGGAUUUCCCUUUUAUUUCCUCUUAAAUAUGUUUAUAAGCCCCAACAAAUUCAGCCCCUCAUUUUGUUUCCAUUUCUCCCCCAAAAGAAACAUUUACUUUGCCCAUUUUCACCAUUUGCACUUUUAUUUUGCUCACACAGUUGUCUGUCAAAUUUCUGCAGGGUAAAACAUGAGGGGAGCCACACACGCUGUUUUCUACCUACCACAUGUUUAUUUAGUAGGGAGUUGGACUUUGCAUCAUAUUCUCUCCUACAGACUCUCAAUGCUGAAAGCUGGAUAUAAAAUACUUGACUUGGAUAGUGCUGAGCAUUGGGUGGUGUGCCGGGUUUUUCCUGAGCCGUUUGAUGUUCCGAUCCACUGCAGGAGUUUGGUCGAUGUAUUUUGUACAUUCAACUAGGAAAAGCCCAGCACAUCCAUAUCCUCCACCAUUUGCACACAUGCACAAGAAACAAGAGUUAGCUGUAAAUAAUGUGUGUAAAUUUAAAUCUAUAUUGGGGAUACUUUUUUUUUCUUACAUUGUAAAACUAGUUAUUCUAAAUAUGAACUAUGCCUACUUUCCAGUUGGACUUUUCGUGCAUUUAUGAUCCAUGAGAAGUCCCACAAAAUGUCUCUUUUUAUUAUUUUUUUAAAGAGGUUAUACCCUCCAAAAUCCCGAUCUGUGCAAGUCAUAACACGCCAGCUCCUCUGCUAUGCCACAAUCAAAUAUUUUUCUAGUCUUUUAUUCUUGCAUGUUCUUUUGCCUUUUACUACAGUUGGCCAAAUUGUUUAGUGGGAGUUAGUUCAUUUGAACAUUUCCUUUAAAAAAAAAAAAGUCACAAAAACCACAAAGUAAAGCCAAUUUGAGCUUCGUUCUUCCUGCUCUUCGAACCGUUUUUUGUUUUUCCCAGAGCAGGCGAGCAACCGUUGGGCAUGAAUGUCGAGAUUGAUUUAGGUUUGUAAAGCUGCAGUGGUCGCCUGUUGCAACCAGAUUAAAAAUGUAUUGUAUAGUUGAUUUUUGAGGGGAUGUUAUUUUAUUUCUGAGCCACUCAACCCUAAUGUUGACCAUAUGUACACUGCCUUGCAACAAAAAAGUAUUAAUAUCCAAUUUGUCAUUUACUGUAAAGCAACAAACUUCAUU